AUGGACGUCCCUAUAUUCUCGAGAAGCAUAACUUGCUCAGCUACAGCUCCUGCAGCCCAAAUACCCAUACAUGAACUAAAAAGCUCAAUUCAUUGUCAAGCCAUGAAACCUGGAAUUGCUCUCAGGAUCAACGUGUUCUGCAAUCACAAGAAAAAGGGAGGAUGUCUAAUGUCAUCUGCAUCCAGAUCGCGAAUAGAAACAGAUGAAGCAGCGCGACAGACAAGGUUUCGGCUCCUCCGAUGUUUGCUCCCCAGAGGCUUAAGCUUAGCUCCGCCGGAAAAGCUUAUUAGCGGCUUGUUCGCGGUCCUGAAGCAGAGGUUAAUGGGAGUGGCUUUUGCCCAAAAGUUUACUGACGGAGCAUAA